AUGGCAUCUCAACACUCACGGAGGUCACGCGAGACCUCUCGUCUAGAAAUGACCAUCGGUCCGUACACACGGCACAACAAGAUCGGACAAGGGAGCUUCGCGACGGUCUACCAAGGUGUCCAUACGAAAACUCGCACAUUCGUAGCCAUCAAGUCCGUCAAUCUAUCAAAGCUCAAUAAGAAGUUGAAGGACAACCUUUCAUCCGAAAUUGACAUCCUGAAAGGGCUCCACCAUCCACAUAUCGUCGCGCUCAUCGACUGCCAUGAGUCCACAUCACAUAUCCACCUGGUCAUGGAGUUCUGUGCUCUGGGGGACCUAUCGGCUUUUAUCAAGAAGCGAGACACCCUGUAUGAGCACUCGUCCACCCGGGACAUGAUUUCUAAAUAUCCCAAUCCAUCCGGCGGGGCACUUAACGAGGUUGUCGUUCGGCACUUCCUCAAACAGCUCUCCAGCGCCUUGCAUUUUUUGCGAGAGCGAAAUCUCAUCCAUCGAGAUAUCAAGCCCCAGAAUCUCUUGCUCUGCCCGGCUCCAACUUCAUACAGGAGUGGUGUAUCGCAGUUCGUUCCAUAUAAGGGUAGCGAUAAUUCCUAUGAGCCGAUAACGGGGCUGGAGACACUACCGAUGCUCAAGAUUGCGGAUUUUGGGUUCGCUCGAUCCCUACCUGCCACUUCCCUGGCGGAGACUCUGUGUGGCUCCCCACUGUAUAUGGCACCGGAAAUUUUGCGGUACGAGAAGUAUGACGCCAAGGCUGAUCUCUGGUCUGUUGGUACCGUGCUGUAUGAGAUGGUGGUGGGGCGGCCUCCGUUCCGUGCUACAAAUCACGUCGAACUGCUGCGGAAAAUCGAGAAGGGAGAAGAUCGAAUCCGAUUUCCUGAAGAGAAUCCGGCCUCGGAUGACAUGAAGAGGCUUAUUCGGGGACUUUUGAAGCGAAACCCCGUGGAGCGACUAAAUUUCCCCGAAUUCUUCAAUAACAUUGUCAUCACAGAGGCGAUCCCGGGGUUGAUAGCUGACGAUGUGCCUCGGAACAACCGGCGGCCCUCGCCCUCUGGAGAGCUUGGGUUAGCCGCGGACCGGACUGAUCCUCGACCGGGUCAACUCGCCCAGACUGAUGCAACCGUUAGGAGGGACUCGCCCUACUCUACUGAUCAGGAAGAGCGUAUUACAUAUCCGCCUCCGCAUCGAUCAAACACCACCCGUCAGAAGCCAGAUACUCCACCAAGUGCUUCACCCAUGCGUCGGAUAGGAAGCGCAGACCGGCCUUCAUCGGGUGGUUUGCGAGAGCACGCACGAGGUAGUACACCACCGCAUCGGCCUAGUGCAAUCACCCAUGCAACGGCGCCAGGCCGCCAGGAGCUUGUCGGUCGAAAUGCGCCAGCGGCGGCUAUGGAACGACAGAGAAGCCGAAAUACCUUUUCGGGCUCGCCAAAGACAGGCCAGGAUAAUCGAACCCUGGAGGAGCGCGAGCGUGCUGCUCAAGAGGUGGCAUUUGAACGGGACUACGUGGUGGUCGAGAAACGCGCAGUCGAAGUUAAUGCGUUCGCAGACGAGUUGGCCCACAGCCCUCGUAUUCAAGGCGGCUUUUCGCGCGGACAAGGAAGUGCUGUGCCUCGCCGUGCAACUACGCAGGGACUUCAAACUGUAACAUCAACUUCCCCACACACUAAUAUCUCCAAAGCUAUGCAGGUUAUACCUGGCCGUGCGCGAGCUGACUCAACGCACCAACGCCAACACUCAUAUGAGCGACGAUAUGGACAGAGCCCGACGUCGGCGACAUCGGCAAUAUCCAAAGCUCUUAAUAUGGCCAGUGGCCGCCUAUUCGGAAUGGGAUUCUCGCCUCCGUUGGCUAUAACCAAGGGUGGCCGGUCUCCACCUCUAGCCUACAAUCCAUUUCCCGCCUACCCUGCGGCACAAACAAGUCUGAUGCUCAUGGGCGAUGGGAUUAAGACCAACGCGGCUAUCGACGAAGACUGCAGGACAGUCCAGGUUAUCGAAGAAUGUGCCACCCGAAGCGAUGUUGUCUAUGGGUUUGCCGAGGUUAAAUAUAAACAACUUAUACCACUCGCCCCUUCAGCGCCAACAGAUCCGUCCGUGAGACCCAGUCUCAGUGGAACUGAGGACCCUGAUAGUUCCGCUGAUGAUGGGUUGACGGUCGACGCCAUCGUGACCCUCUCCGAAGAAGCGCUGGUCCUCUACGUGAAGGCUCUGUCUCUCCUAGCAAAGUCCAUGGACAUAGCAGGAUCUUGGUGGACACGCAAGAACCGGGAGGAUAUGUACGGUGAACCGUCGAGCCGAGGCGAUAACAGCGGACUCGCUGGUACUCGGAUAAACAACGUGGUGCAAUGGGUCCGGAGCCGAUUCAACGAGGUUCUGGAGAAGGCCGAGUUUGUGCGCCUCAAACUCAUUGAAAGCCAAAAACGAUUGCCUCUCGACCAUCCCAGUCACCCGGAAAAUCACUCGGUUGGUUCUACUGCUGCCUCCAUCGGCUCCGCCGAUGUGGUAGUCAGCGCAGGCGUCACAGCUGAGAAGCUGAUGUAUGACCGUGCGUUGGAGAUGAGCCGGGCUGCGGCUAUCAAUGAGUUGACCAGUGAGGAUCUUGCCGGUUGUGAGAUUGCCUAUGUCACUGCUAUCCGCAUGCUGGAGGCCGUGCUCGACGAUGAUGGAUUGCAGUCUUCUUCAGGCCCAUCGAGUCAUCAGCAGCACUCUUCUCAUCUUGGCGACAGGGGAUUAGUGGAUGGCCUGCAAGGGGAGGACCGACAGGUGGUUGUCAAAAUGGUGUCCAGCAUGCGCGGUCGCCUAACAGCUCUUAGGAAGAAGCUGGCCAUCCUGGCGAAGCGAACCUCGACACCUACCACCACUCUGGGCAGUGGCCGAAUGCCGUCGUCAAAUCUGGUCCCUCUGUCGCACGCCACGGGAGUUACGCCGCCACGGUAG